AUGAACCCCCCGCAGCUCGCCCUUCCCCCACGCCGCAAGGGCCCUCCGACCCCGCUGCACAUCCAGACUCCAGGCCACAAUCCGUCUCUCGCCUUCUUCUCGAGCGAGAGCUCCGCCUCGACUCUCUCUUCCACCACCUCAGACGCCGACUCCUUCAUCCUCCCCUCCCCCAGCAAGCCUCGCUCCCUUCGUAACAUGAAGAAGCUCUCGAUCACCCUGCCGUCCGCUCAGUCCUCCGUCAACUCCCUCGGCCUUCCCGCCGACGACCCUCACAAUCCUCCUCCCACUGCCCCCGACGCUUCCGUCCUCUCCAAGCGCCGGCCCUCAGUGGUUUCCCUCCCUAACACGAGCAGCCUUCUGCUCCGGAGAAAGGGCGAGGAUGGCGAUGGCUCCCCCACUGUUGCCUACAGCGAUGGCCCUAUCCAGAUCCUUCCGGGCAUCUGGCUUGGCUCCGAGGACAAUGUUCGCGAUUGGGCGGGUCUUAGGGAGAGGGGAAUCCGGUCGAUCCUGAACGUAGCAAAAGAAGUUCAGACCGUCUUUGACCAAAUCGUUCAACCCAUGCGUCCGUUCAUGUCGACUCCCGACUUGAACGCGACUGUUGCUCACGGGCCCGACUCUGACUCGACAUACAACCCUGCCCAUCUCCCCACGGGUCGGCCUGCUAUGCACUAUCUCAAGCUUCACUGGUCGCACGGCCAGGCCGAUCUGGUCUCCAAAGGAUUCCAAACCGCGUUCUCAUAUGUGGAUCAGGCCUUGGAGCGUGGAGACGGUGUGCUCAUCCAUUGUCAGUGCGGCGUCUCCCGUUCCGCCACACUCGUAAUCGCCCUCGUUAUGCGUGCUGCUGCACAGCAGUCCCCAAGCGUCCCUCCCGAAGUCUGGGCGCUGAAGGGGAUGCAGGGCGCCUACCAGUUCGUCAAGGAGAAGAGCAAAUACGUCGGUCCGAACAUGUCUCUUAUCUACCAACUGCUCGAUUAUGAGCGUGCGUUGAAGGGCGGUAACACUUCUCCGACGCCCUCGGAGAUCUCUGCGGAGGAAGAGUGGAGCCGUCGCCGUCUCGCCAUGGAGGACACAGAUGGUGAAGAUGACCGCCGAAGUGUCGAGAUGAUGCAAGAGGCCAAGGCGCUUGACCAGGCCAUGGAAGACCGUAUCAUUGCUCGCAAGGGGUCCGCCUCUUCUCUCAGCUCGACAGCAUCCACAGGUACAGGAGGUGUUGGCAUGGGCGCUGCGUGGCGUUCCAAGUACGGCUCUGGCCGCAAGCGGAAGGGCUCUACUGCCAGUGUUCUUACCAACGGGAGCAUCCUCAGCGAAGAUCUCGUGGAGGAAGACGAGGAGCACGAGCUUCUUGGUGUUGGCCGGGACUUCGACGGCGCUAGUCUCGGCGCGAGGAGCUCGGGUGAAGAGGAAUCUGGUGAUUCGGCUACCGACCCAGUUCCUCCUGCCUCGGCAUGCUUGACAGCACGCCCUCUCCCAUCUGCUCGUCGCCAGUCACGUCGUCCGCCUGGUCUUUCGCUGGCUCCGCCUUCUGCCCCUGCCACCAAGACCUCGUUUGGUCUUAUUUCUGCGCCUGCCAACAAGGCGUCUUUCAACCUCCCGCCCAUUCCGGCCACUGCGGUCAAGUCCUCGUUCGACCUGACCCCUCGGGCCAACCGCACCGCGAAGGUCCCUCGCCAUCGCCCGCCUCCUCUGGGUAUUCUACCCGCCGUGCCCGCCUCCCCUAUCAUUCCCGUCAACGUCCCCAUUGGUCAGCCCCGCAGUCGGACGGAGUCUCGCAAGCCGGAUAUGCCUCCUGCGCAUCUUCGCCAUUCGCUCAAGAUCACCCCUCCGAAGACCAAGCCCUCCACCAUUCCUGCGACACCCUCCCAAACCCUAUUCGUGUUCCCUCCGUCUCCGACUUUGGCGGCCUCGCGCACACCAUCGACACUCACGCUGACGUCGAACUCUUUCCCCUUCCCCUCUUUGUCGACGCCCCGCGUCUCGACGUUCAAGGCGGAAGGACGUCGCAAGACUUUCAUUGGCCUUGCGGCACCACCCACCCCCACUGUCGCGUCUUCGCGCGUGGAUGUUCGUGGCUGGAUCGCAUGA